AUGGACAACGAUAAUGAAAAAACAAUUACAUUAAUAGAGUCAAUAAUUUCACCGACUGAUCUAUCUAUUACACCACAAAAAGCACCAACAAUUACAAUGGCUGAGCCAGCGAUAACAUCGGACAAAUCAACAAAUACAUCUAUCAAUUCUGAAAUUAUAUCGACUGAAUCAAUAAUCAUAUCGGUCAAGCUAGCAGCUACCCCUACCGAGUCGAAAAUUACACAGGCUAGGCCAAGAAUUACUCCAGCUGAGCUAAAAAUUACACCAAGAAUAACGUCGACCAAGUCGAUUAAAACACCAAUUGAAGAAGCAUUAUUCAUAAAGGAUCAUAUUAUUCGGCCGAAUCAACCACUUUUUUAUGCGAAAAAUCCGAAAGGGUGGUUUAAUCAAUUCGAAUCAAAAAUAUUAGCUGCUGAUUUAGUUGAAGACUUAACAGUGUACUACGAACUCUUAAAAGAACUGAACAAUCAUGAUAUUUUAUGUUGUAUUCUAGACGUAUUUCAAAACAUGAGUAUGGUCAACAAGUACAUGUAUUUUAGAAGCCAUUUGCUCAAAAAAAUAUCUGAACAAGAAAGACUUUUAGAACUCGUAAGCGAUUUAAAAUUGGAAGAUAAAUAUCCAUCUUUUCUUUUAAAUGAAAUGAAACAAUUAACGGGUGAUAAAUUAUUAGAACAUAACUUACAACGUGUAUGGUUACAAAAACUACCAUCGCAGGUACGAGAUAUACUAUUAUUGUCUUCCGAUUCUUUAAGUUCUAUAUCGUUGUUGGCAGACAACAUUAAGGAUCUACAUUAUUUACCAGAAGUAAAAUCAUCAAAGGAAGCUGCUUACCAGUAUGUAAUUAACUUACUUUCAGGUAAUAUACAUUCAAAGAUGUUGACUAAUGCGGAGCUUAUUGAACUUAUUCAAAUAUAUGAAAACGAAUAUGAAUUGGCCAACUCAGAUGAUCAUCAAAUAAAAAAUUUAGUAAGCUAUCAAUAA